AUGUACGCAACGACAUCCCUAGCAGACAUACCAGAAAAGGAUAUUCAAAUCUUCUGUGACGCUUCAGAGAAGGCCAUCGCCGCAGCCGCCUAUUUAAAGGCGACUACGGACAGAGAAACUUGGAGAUUUAUUCUGGGCAAAGCAAAGGUGUCCCCACCUUACGCUCAGACCACACCACACCUAGAACUGUGUGCAGCCGUCCUGGCUGUGGAGAUAUCUGAAGUCAUUUCAGAGCUCCUUAAAAUCCAACCCAACAAGGUCAGAUUUUUCACGGACAGUAAGAUUGUUCUCGCAUACAUCGCCAGCGAAACUGGGAGAUUCUGUGUAUAUGUGACAGUCAGCAGGAUACUGAAAUCAACUAAUCCAGAACAAUGGUCAUUCGUACCAACAGAUGCCAAUCCAGCUGAUAAAGCAACUCGAGUGACAACGCCUACAGAGAAAGCCAUUGGCACAUGGCUACGAGGUCCGGCGAAAGGCUUCGAAGAAACCAAUAACUUCUCACCCUUGGUCGAACUGGACAAUCAAACAAUCACUCUAUGA